GAAGUCCUGGAUGUCGAUUUUUUAUUACCGAAAAGCUUCGCUAGAAAAAUCAUCCACUAACGUUCAGUUGACAACAUAUUCAAUAAACAAAAAGAAGGAUGAUAAAGGCCAUUCUUAUUUUUAACAACCAUGGGAAACCCAGGCUCAUCAGGUUCUACCAAUAUUUUGCGGAGGACAUGCAGCAGCAGAUCAUUCGGGAGACUUUUCAUCUUGUGUCCAAAAGAGAUGAUAAUGUCUGCAAUUUUUUGGAAGGUGGAAGUUUGAUCGGAGGCUCAGACUACAAGCUGAUCUACAGACACUAUGCCACGCUGUACUUUGUGUUUUGUGUGGAUUCAUCGGAGAGUGAGCUGGGGAUACUAGAUCUCAUACAGGUCUUUGUGGAAACGCUGGAUAAAUGCUUUGAAAAUGUGUGUGAGUUGGACCUGAUCUUUCACAUGGAUAAGGUGCAUAACAUUCUCCAGGAAGUCGUCAUGGGAGGGAUGGUGCUGGAAACGAACAUGAACGAAAUAGUCGCACAAGUGGAGCUGCAAAACAGAAUGGAGAAAUCCGAGGGUGGAUUGUCUGCAGCACCAGCUCGAGCUGUUUCGGCAGUGAAAAAUAUGAACCUUCCUGAAAUACCUCGAAACAUCAAUAUCGGGGACAUCAAUAUAAAAGUGCCCAGUCUAUCCCCAUUUUAAAGCUUCAUGUUACUUUUCAAUGUGGUCUGUGUUGUUAUUAAACCCUAACAUUCAUUGCCAUAGACUGUCUCCCUAAUGCCAUUUACAGACUCACGACUGACUGUAGUCACCAGGACCUUUAACCUGAGGACUGUUACAUUUCAUCUCAUCUUAGCACACUACAGGGUCCUUUCAUGUACAUUUAUUUCAAACUUUGAUUUGUAGCUGAACUCCUGUUUCGUUCAUAGGAUUGUUGUGUAUUUUGUCUUUGAUGUAGCAACAUUCCAUAAUACUGAUUUGUGUGCUGAAGUUUAUGCCAAUAACUGUAAAUGUUUUGCAUUAUUUAUAACGCAUGUUAAGUCAUUAAAACUGUGUUUUGUCAA